CAACGACUCGCAAACACGACAAUUUCAAUUGGUAAAACAAAAUAAAAAGAAACAGACGUCAAGUCAUUCAUAUGUAUUUAUUAAAGUUCAAAUUUUGUAAAUUUCUAUGAGAUACAAAAAAUAUUUUGUUCGUUUUUCGUAAAGUGAGACAGAUGAAGACGCCCCCUAACACACGGACUUCCGGUUUUUUCGAUGAUGAAAUGCUACAUUUUUAAGGCAACACUCAAAAUAUAUAUUUUUAACCUAUUUAGUUUUUAUAGUUUUAUCAAAACUUUUCAAAUACUAGAUUUUUUUGUAAAUUUAUUUAGAAAAAUUUAAUGUUGCGGAAGUAUGCGCAUUUCUCGCGCAAGAAUAAAGCUUACGAACAGUCUGAAACGCCGCGCGGGACUGUCUCAUUUUUGUGUUUACACGCUUACAAGUUAAGACCGAAUGAAGGCAAAUAAGUCACAUUUGAUUAUGCCGUAAAAUAAAUAACUUUCAUCGCCUUUUACCUAAUUUUUAAGUGCUAUUUUAUUAGGAGACGGUUUGAAGAUGUCCGACUCUGGCUGCUCUGAACCUGCUGGAUCCAUCAAAGCCAUAGACAAGCACUCAGUGCAUCAGAUCUGCUCGGGUCAGGUGGUCCUCAGUUUAGCCACAGCUGUCAAGGAGCUGGUAGAGAACAGCAUUGAUGCAGGAGCCACAAAUAUUGACAUCAAGCUACGGGAUUGUGGAGUCGAACUGAUUGAAGUGUCCGACAAUGGCAAAGGCGUGAAGGAAGCUAACUUUGAAGGCCUGACGUUGAAGCAUCACACAUCAAAGUUGAGGGAUUUCUCCGACCUGAUCCAUGUGGAAACGUUUGGCUUCAGAGGUGAAGCCCUCAGCUCUCUGUGCGCUCUGAGUGACCUCAGCGUAAUCACCUGCCAUGAGUCCAGCCAGGUCGGCACCAAGCUGGUGUUCGACCACAAGGGCCACCUCGUGCAGAAGUCUCCUCACCCCCGGCAGCCGGGCACCACGGUCACCCUGCAGCAGCUCUUCUACACGCUGCCGGUUCGACACAAGGAGUUCCAGCGGAACAUCAAGAAAGAGUAUGCUAAGAUGAUCCACGUCCUGCAGGCGUACUGCAUCAUCUCCGCCGGCGUGCGCCUCACCUGCUCCAACCAAAGUGGGCGGGGAAAACGCAGCACGGUGCUCGGCACCAGCGGGAGCCAAAGCAUGCGGGAAAACAUUGGAGCCAUAUUUGGACCAAAGCAGCUUCAGAGUCUUCUUCCUUUUCAACAAACGUCUCCCUCAGAAAACGUCCUUGAGGAUUAUGGGUUGAAGGAGGCGGAUCUCCCCGAGCAGCUCUUCACCAUCACGGGGUUCAUCUCUCGCUGUGACCACGGCGUUGGACGGAGCGCCACAGACAGGCAGUUCUUUUUCAUCAACAGCCGCCCAUGUGACCCCUUGAAAGUCACUAAAGUUGUGAAUGAAGUUUAUCACACAUAUAAUCGACAUCAGUAUCCAUUUGUUGCUUUGAACAUCACUGUUGCUUCAGAGUGCGUGGAUGUGAAUGUAACCCCAGACAAACGGCAGAUCUUUCUUCAGGAGGAGAAAGUCUUGCUGGCGACUCUUAAGACUUCUCUGAUCAGCAUGUAUGAAGCUGGAGUCAAUAAGAUCAGCCUGAAUCUGCCUCUAACCAAGUCCACGUCUUCUGCAUCCGAACAAGUCAUUCCGUCAGAGAGCAGCGAGUCCGUGAAGCCAUUGAGUCCCUUCUCGAGUUCGUCCAUGAACCUGGCGGCGCUCAAAGCUGCUUUUUCAAACAGCAGUAGUAGUUCUGGGAAAUCCGGGAAGGAUCCCGACAGCGGUCCGACCCAGAAAACCCUGCGGUGUUUCUUUAAGGACGCUGGAAAACCUGCUUCCAGCCGGAUUCAGAGUCCUCCUUCGAAGCCCCGAAUGGAGAAGCGAGAAGCUCCUUCAGUGGGAAGUUCAGUGUUAGAAGAUCUUAAACAUGGAAGGAAGUCCUGCAGUGAUGCAGAUUCUGACAAGGACGCUUCUUGUGACUUUAUAACCAUUUUUCAGAGUUCUGGUUCUGAGAAUAGUUCUGCUAUAGAAGCUGAAGAUAGCAGCAGUGUGUUUGGAUCUUGUCCUGGAGAACCAGAUGAACAGACGGGAGCAUGUUCAUCAAAUCAAGACGCACCAGUGAGUCCAGAGGCUAAAAAAGCCAGGAGGGAGGAGCGGGACUUCAGUGUCUUGAGCUCUUCAGAGGAAACUUCUGCCACGGUGGAUGCACCGGUGUGUCUGCCAAAGACCACGGCGCCUCUGCAGUUUUCUUUCCAGGAGCUUGUAGGAAAUCUGAAGCUGCUGCAGGAGCAGCGAAGGAAAAGCGACGGGCUGCAGUACCGACGUUUCCGAGCCAAAAUCAACCCUGGAGAGAACCAAAGUGCAGAGGAGGAGCUCAGAAAGGAGAUCAGCAAAGACAUGUUCAGAGAAAUGAAGAUCAUCGGCCAGUUCAACCUGGGCUUCAUCAUCACCAAGCUGAACUCUGACAUCUUCAUUAUUGACCAGCACGCCACCGACGAGAAGUACAACUUUGAGAUGCUGCAGCAGCACACCUUGCUGCAAGGCCAGAAGCUGAUAGUCCCACAGAAGCUUCACCUCACCGCCAUCAGCGAGAACGUCCUCAUGGAGAACAUCGAGGUUUUCCGGAAGAACGGCUUUGAGUUUCUCAUCGACGAGGACGCUCAGGUCAUGGAGAGGGUGAAGCUGGUGUCGUUGCCCACCAGUAAAAACUGGACGUUCGGUCCUGCCGACAUCGAGGAGCUGAUCUUCAUGCUCAGCGACAGCCCGGGUGUCAUGUGCCGCCCGUCACGAGUCAGGCAGAUGUUUGCUUCCAGAGCCUGCCGAAAGUCUGUAAUGAUUGGCACUGCUCUGAGUGUGAGCGAGAUGAGGAAGCUGGUGGUUCACAUGGGGGAGAUCGAGCAUCCGUGGAACUGUCCGCAUGGCCGGCCAACCAUGAGACACCUCGCCAACCUGGACAUCAUCUCACAGGACUGAAGCCGUGAAGGACAAACCGUUUUAGGGAAUGUCGUCUCACACCGCCUCACUGGAAUGUUGCUUAAACCAAGUUUAUGUAGUUUUUUUCAUCUUUCAGGUGUUUAAAUCACUUAGAUACUUAUUGUGCUUUUUUACACUUUUGUAUUUUGUGGAAAUAUUUGUUAAAUAUCUAUUUUGUUAUUUUUAUGUUGAAUAAAUAGUCUAUAAAAUGUU